ACGCCGAGGCGGUAGCGCGCACGCGCGCUGGGGUCCGGCCCGGGCGAGCGCGCGGCGGGCCGACUGCGGGUGACUAGCAUGCAGAUACUCAUGCUCUGACCAGCUGCCCCUCUUCUGAAAUGGCCCACAGGGGCGGUGAGAGGGACUUCCAGACUUCUGCUCGGCGCAUGGGCACCUCACUGCUCUUCCAGCUUUCAGUGCACGAGCGGGAGCUGGACCUCGUUUUUCUGGAUCAUAGCUAUGCCAAGCCAUGGAGUGCCCACCCAGAUGCCAGUAGUGCCCGCCCCACACGCAUGCUCUUUGUUACACCCAGGCGACAACAUGAGAAUACCAUUGAAUCAGACAUCCCAAUAGAUGUGGAGACCGUCACGUCAACUCCUAUGCCACUCUAUGACAAUCAGAAGGCACGCAGUGUGAUGAACGAGUGUGAAAGGCAUGUCAUCUUUGCCAGGACGGAUGCAGAUGCCCCUCCCCCACCAGAAGACUGGGAGGAGCAUGUUAACAGGACGGGCUGGACAAUGGCCCAGAACAAGCUAUUCAACAAGAUCCUCAAAGCCCUGCAAUCUGAUCGGCUUGCCCGCUUGGCCAAUGAAGGGGCUUGUAAUGAGCCCGUGCUGCGCCGUGUUGCUGUGGACAAGUGUGCAAGGAGGGUGCGUCAGGCUCUGGCAAGUGUGAGCUGGGACACCAAGCUGAUCCAGUGGCUGCACACUACCCUCGUGGAGACCCUGAGUCUGCCCAUGCUGGCUGCCUACCUGGAUUCAUUGCAGACACUGAAAGGGAAGAUCCCAACCUUGAUUGACCGGAUGCUUGUGUCAUCCAACACAAAGACUGGGGCUGCAGGAGCUGAAGCCUUGUCCCUCCUCCUCAAAAGGCCUUGGGACCCCGCUGUGGGGGUGCUUUCUCAUAACAAACCAAGCAAACUUCCUGGCUCGCCUCUGAUUCUCAUUGCCUCCUCUGGCCCCUCCAGCUCUGUGUUCCCCACUUCACGCCGCCACCGCUUCUGGCAGUCUCAGCUCUCCUGCUUAGGCAAGGUCAUCCCUGUGGCCACACAUUUGCUGAACAAUGGCAUUGGGGUUGGAGUUCUGCAGUGUCUGGAGCACAUGAUUGGUGCAGUGAGAAGCAAAGUAUUAGAGAUUCAUAGCCAUUUCCCACAUAAACCUAUUAUAUUGAUUGGAUGGAACACGGGAGCUUUGGUAGCCUGUCACGUAUCGGUAAUGGAGUAUGUCACUGCAGUCAUCUGCCUUGGGUUUCCUCUGCUUACCGUGGAUGGUCCCCGGGGGGAUAUAGAUGAUCCCCUCUUGGAUAUGAAGACUCCAGUCCUCUUUGUGAUUGGUCAGAAUUCCCUACAGUGUCACCCUGAAGCCAUGGAGGACUUCCGGGAGAAGAUCCGAGCUGAAAACAGCUUGGUGGUAGUUGGAGGAGCUGAUGAUAAUCUCAGAAUAAGCAAAGCGAAGAAGAAAUCAGAAGGGUUGACUCAGAGCAUGGUGGACAGGUGUAUUCAGGAUGAGAUUGUGGACUUUCUGACUGGAGUGCUCACUCGAACUGAAGGUCACAUGGGCUCUGAGCCUCGGGAUCAGGAUGCUGAGAAGAAGAAGAAGCCUCGUGAUAUAGCCCGAAGAGACUUGGCCUUUGAAGUGUCUGAACGGGGCAGUCGGCCUACUUCUCCAGCUGCCAAGCUCCCUGCCUCACCCUCAGGCUCAGAGGAUCUCUCUAGUGUGUCCAGCAGCCCCACAUCCAGUCCCAAGACCAAAGUGACCACAGUGACCUCUGCCCAGAAAUCUAGUCAGAUUGGGAGCUCCCAGCUGCUGAAGAGACAUGUACAGCGGACAGAAGCUGUGAUGACCCACAAACAAGCCCAAGUUCCCAUUUCAUCAGAACCAGUGGAAGAGGCAGAGAAAGAAGAGCUUAGGGUCCAGCUGAAACGACACCAUCCCUCCAGUCCUCUUCCUAGCAGUAAGACUUCCAAGAGACCGAAGAUCAAGGUGUCCCUUAUCUCCCAAGGGGACUCGACUGGGGGACCUUGUGCUCCUUCCCAAGGAGGAGUUUCAGAAGCUACAGGAGGAAAGCCCAUCACCAUGACACUGGGGCAAGCCUCAGCAGGGGCUAAGGAGCUCACUGGGCUUCUCACCACUGCCAAGUCAACUUCUGAAGGUGGAGUUUCAGCCAGCCCAGCCCCCUCAGUGGCCUCCAGCAGCACCACACCCAGUGCCCUGCAUACUCUCCAAAGCCGCUUGGUGGCCACAUCUCCUGGCAGCAACCUCCCAGGGGCCACAUCAGCCAGUAGCCUCCUCCAGGGCCUCAGCUUCAGCUUGCAGGAUAUUAGCAGCAAGACCUCUGGCCUCCCAGCAAAUCCCUCCCCGGGGCCAGCCCCACAGGCCACCAGUGUGAAGUUGCCCACCCCGAUGCAGAGCUUGAGUGCCAUCACCACGGGCACCAAUACCAUUGUUCGUACCAUUCCUGUGGCCACCACUCUCUCCUCGUUGGGUGCCGCUCCUGGUGGGAAGCCUACAGCCAUCCACCAGUUGCUGACCAAUGGGGGCCUUGCUAAGUUGGCAAGCAGCCUCCCUGGCCUGGCUCAAAUCUCUAACCAGGCAUCAGGCUUGAAGGUCCCCACCACCAUUACUCUGACCCUCCGUGGCCAGCCAAGCAGAAUCACAACGCUGAGCCCCAUGGCCUCAGGAGCAGCCCUGUCUGAGGAGCCCGCCUCCCAGGUGUUACCCUCUAGCUCACAGCGCCUGCCUCCAGCACCCUGAAAGAUGCUGCUUUAAGGUGAACCUUGUGUGGACCUGCUGAACUAUUCCAGUGCUGAAGACCUGUGCAAGACAGUUACUUUUAUCUCUUCACCAACUGUCCAGGGUUGAGCCUCUGAGCCUUGAGAAACUAUUAGGCCAGUGGUACCAACAAGGGCGAGGCACUUUCCUCCCAGUUCUGCACGUCUGAUGCCGGAGUCAGCCUCCUCAACAGAACUGGUCUACGUGGGUCAGAGGCACUUGUAUCCUGCAUUGGGGUGAUACUCAUCCCAAGUCACUUUGGAACUGCUCACUGCAUUUAAUUGCCAAUGGGAGAACUUCCAGUGUUCACUGGAAGGCAGAGAGAACUGGGCUAUCAUUUUUUUAGCCCAUUUAGCCUCUAGGAUAAAGAGAGCAACAGGUGCCAAGAAAUGAAAACUGGUUCCUUUUUUUUUUUCUACCAUGCUUUUUGCUAUUUUGGCUUCCUGAGAGCAUACAGGUCCAGAAAGGCUGAAAAUGAGGGGUAGAGCAAGAAAGGAAGUGGCUGACAUGUACAGUGAACGUUGUGGUGUAGUUAGUUUAGUUUCGGGGUUGAGUCUGACCCUAGCAGAUUAACUGUUAAUGAAACAUGGAAUUUGCCUUGUCCUGAAUCCAGUACAUCUGGGUAUAACCAGCCAAAGUGAGUCUGACUAUCCCAGGAAUUUUGAUCCUUCUGGGUGGUAAAGCCUGUACUUGAGUUUCUAUUUUAUAUACCUUUUUGUCUUCCUGCCUAGAGAUUGUUGACAGUGAAUUUGCUGUACACCCUGAGCCUUGCAGGUCAUGAUCCCUGGUGAAGUAGACACUGAAGACAGACCACUGGGCCCCUUCAUACCCUUCAGAACACUUAGGUGCAAAAGUAGUUUUGAGUUUGGCUUUGGACCUGUGUCUAUAAGCAGGCUGCUUUCCUUUCUGUGCUUAGAACAUUUCUAGUCAGGUGAGGAAUAAGGCAACCCAAGUGCUCAGUUUAGAGCGGUGGAGCCAAGUGGAGCACAUGGUGUUCAGGGGUCAGAGCAAGCAGGUCAGAGGUGUAUGUAUAGCAGUGGAGAGGGUUCUCUAAGCAGCAGGCCUUCCCUCCCUCCAUCCUGUGGCGCUGCUGUCAGUAAUUAGUACAGUACGAGGCUGCAUUUUGUAUUAACUGGUAGGUAACUGCAUUCUGAAAUUCAGAAGGCUAAUAUUUAGUGAAUGUAAGAAAUUUUAAAAUCUGAAAAGAGGCAUCCAGGGAUCAGAGGUUUGAAAGUUUUAUAGGUAGAAUUGUAACAUAUCAAAAGAGCAGAGCAGAGAGAAGUAAGGUUGUGAGGCUCUGUGAAGCUUGAAGAGAUCAUUUAGAACUAGUAGAUAGCCCUGAACAACCCUUCAAACAGCCUAAACUACAAUGGGGUGGGUGAGCUGGUCCUGGAAGAUGCCACCCCAGGUGUUGGGAACCAAGGAAAAAGCAAAAAAUACUAUUUUUGUGGCAAAUGCCAUAUGCGUCCAUGAAUAACAUGCAUCCAUGAGGCUGACACAUUGAAGAACUCCAAAACUGGGGCAGGGGAGCUGCGAGAAUACUGAACUUCACCUUUGAGGGACUGGCCAGCAGAAGAAGGGGAGUCUGGACUUACAUUCCUUAGAUCCCAUUACAAGCCACAGUUCGUGCAAUGUGGAAGGAAGUUUUGCCCUUUACCUAUCUCCUAGCACACCUAGAGUCCAUAACCUCAGAACAUGAUACUCUUGGACAGUGUUGAAGGCUCAAGAAGGCUUUAAAUUCUUGCACAACAGAUACAUGUAUGUUGGUGUCCUGUAGAUGAUGUCCAUGGGCUUGAUGUCACUGAGGGGUAAAGACCUUUUGUCCACAUUUAGUCCCAUCACUACAGCACCUUGGGCUAUAUGGGUUAUAGGGCUUAGCCACUCUGUUGGAUCCAUUCUUACAUUAGGAAAACAGUUAAAAUUUUGCUACUUAGCAAAAACAAUUAAAAACAUUCAACCUUUGGA